AUGUUGCUAUAUCAAAUGAUCAAAUGUGCGGCCCGAGAGUUAAAGCCCAACCUCCUACCCUUCACCACAGACAAGUUCAUUCACGCAAACAUUGCCCAAACGCCGGACAGUAAUUCACUCCGUAAUCUUCACUCCACGAGUUUCAGAAGCCUCGAUCCAAAUGCUGAAAUAUUUUCGCUGGUUAAAAUGGAUGGUUUUCCCCUUGCAAUUCCUUGUUCAAAAAUAUUCACGUGCCCAAACGUGUCCGCAAAAUAUGGGAGAUGCGCCAACCAAGUGGAAGCUCUCAACGUGUCGGGAAAAGAUGCUGAAGAUGCUAAAGAUGCUGAAGAUGCUGAAGAUGCUAAAGAUGCUGAAGAUGCUGAAGAUGCUAAAGAUGCUGAAGAUGCUGAAGAUGCUAAAGAUGCUGAAGAUGCUGAAGAUGCUAAAGAUGCUGAAGAUGCUAAAGAUGCUGAAGAUGCUAAAGAUGCUGAAGAUGCUGAAGAUGCUAAAGAUGCUGAAGAUGCUGAAGAUGCUAAAGAUGCUGAAGAUGCUGAAGAUGCUAAAGAUGCUGAAGAUGCUAAAGAUGCUGAAGAUGCUAAAGAUGCUGAAGAUGCUGAAGAUGCUAAAGAUGCUGAAGAUGCUGAAGAUGCUAAAGAUGCUGAAGAUGCUGAAGAUGCUAAAGAUGCUGAAGAUGCUGAAGAUGCUAAAGAUGCUGAAGAUGCUGAAGAUGCUGAAGAUGCUAAAGAUGCUGAAGAUGCUGAAGAUGCUAAAGAUGCUGAAGAUGCUGAAGAUGCUAAAGAUGCUAAAGAUGCUGAAGAUGCUGAAGAUGCUGAAGAUGCUGAAGAUGCUGAAGAUGCUAAAGAUGCUGAAGAUGCUGAAGAUGCUGAAGAUGCUGAAGAUGCUGUAGCUUCAACGAGGAGUUACCAGGAGGAGUUACCAGGCAAGCAGAGUCACCAGGAGGAGUUACCAGGCAAGCAGAGUCACCAGGAGGAGUUACCAGGCAAGCAGAGUCACCAGGAGGAGUUACCAGGCAAGCAGAGUCACCAGGAGGAGUUACCAGGCAAGCAGAGUCACCAGGAGGAGUUACCAGGCAAGCAGAGUCACCAGGAGGAGUUACCAGGCAAGCAUAGUCACCAGGAGGAGUUACCAGGCAAGCAGAGUCACCAGGAGGAGUUACCAGGCAAGCAGAGUCACCAGGAGGAGUUACCAGGCAAGCAGAGUCACCAGGAGGAGUUACCAGGCAAGCAGAGUCACCAGGAGGAGUUACCAGGAGGAGUUACCAGGCAAGCAGAGUCACCAGGAGGAGUUACCAGGAGGAGUUACCAGGCAAGCAGAGUCACCAGGAGGAGUUACCAGGCAAGCAGAGUCACCAGGAGGAGUUACCAGGCAAGCAGAGUCACCAGGAGGAGUUACCAGGAGGAGUUACCAGGCAAGCAGAGUCACCAGAAGGAGUUACCAGGCAAGCAGAGUCACCAGGAGGAGUUACCAGGCAAGCAGAGUCACCAGGCAGUGACCCAGACGAGUCACCAGGUUUAG